CUUCGAACCACAUUCGAACGAGAAAAAAAAAGUUUGAAAAUAAAACAUGAACGACUGGUUGAAUAAAAAUGUAUUUUAAUAUUUGAAUUAAAUUGUGUGUAAUCAACUAAUUUAAAGUAUUGCGGUUGGAAAAUAAUUACAGACUAUAAUAAUUUGCACAUUUUCCGUGAGUAACUUGUUGGCCUUAACAUUUUUUGGCUUCGUGAGGUAAGCAAAUCUAAGCUCGAAUGCAACUCAUAACUAAAGAAAUAUAUUACAAGACAAAUGUGUUUGAACUAUCAUGUCAAAGCAAGGAAAAAGGAAAAUAUCUGUAGAGUUGCCGAAAUCUAAAGAUUUAUCAAAUAGACCGAGUGUUUUUGAACGUCUCGGUACUAAAAAAUCAAGUGGAAAAAAAUCUGAAUAUUGUCGUCAAUGGGCACAGCACGGUACAUGUGCUUACAGUAAAAGUUGUAAGUUCGCAUCUACUCAUACAUUAAUAAGUCCAUCAAAACAGAGAGCAACAAACAAAGAUGACCUUAAACGAAUUAUAAAAGAUGACCCCAAAAGCCGGUUGCAUUCAACUGUUGUUGUGAGAAGUGGAAGGAGCCCUGAUGGUGAUAUAGAUAACUGGGACCAAAAUGAUUUGGAAUAUGCUGAUACAGAUGUAUUGGAAAAAAGGAGGCAACAACUCCAAAGGGAAUUAGAACUACAAUUUAAAAUGGAAUCUGGUAAAGACAUGGCCAAAGAUAAGAAAAAAGUUGUGUCUAGUUCCUCAUCAUCAAGAAGUUCGAGUUCUUCUAGUGCAUCCUCUUCAUCUUCAGAAGGAAGUUCUUCCUCAUCUUCUUCCUGCAGGGACACUAAAAGAAAAGGAAAAAAGAAUAAACUGAAAAGGAAUUCUAGUUCUUCAUCUGAGGGUGAUGUUCCUUCCAAAAAGAAAUUAGUUAAAAGUGAUUCAGGUAAAAGAGAUAAACCCGAAAUAAAGAAAAGUAGUAUUAAAAAGGAUGAACGAUUUUCAAAAAAAAGUGAAGUUGCUAAGAAAAAAUCUCUAACAAAAACAGCACUCGGAAAAAAGUCUUUAUCACCAGCAAAAAAAUCUGGAGGAACGCCGCCAAUUACUUCGAAAAGCCUUCUAUCGAAAACAGUGUCAAAGCAGAGUAAAUCCCCACUAAAGAAAGAAAGAAAUAGAAGUAAUUCGCCCCAGUCUACUAGAGAUCGUGAGAAAGAUAAAGAUCGAGCUAAAGAAAAAGAUAAGGAUCGUGAAAGUCAUCGUAUAAGACGCAGUAGAUCGCUCAAGAAGGCAAGAUCGAGAUCUCCAAAAAAAGAGGUAAGACGUAAAGAAAGUUCGGAACGGAGUAGACCAGUUUCCCCAAAAAAACUAGUACGCAAAGAAGGCAGUACUGAUCGACACAAGAAGAGAUCCGUGAGUAAAGAACGCGAUCGUCGUAGGUCUAUUGAGAAAAAAAAAGAAAAGCACGAAGAAAAGGAGAGGAAUGACCGUAAAGAGAGAGUUCGGGAGCGUAAUAAAGAUGUGAAAAGAGAUGAUAAGCGGAGAGGGCGAGAAAGAGGUUUGGGUGGUGGAAGAUUAGAUAAAGGCUUAGAAAAACCAAGUAAACCAAUGCAAAGGUUACUUCCACGACCUGAAGAAAGACUAGCUGCCUUAGCGGCAAUAUCCAACCGGUCCUUAGAUAUUGAUAAAAAUUCAUCUAAUUCUAAAGAUCGUCCAGAAGGUCACCCUGAUCGAGGAGUAAGGAAGCCAGAAAAAUUCGAACGAGAUAGAUCAAUUAAGCGGGAUAGAAUGGACAGUGUAGAUAGAGAACAAGGAGACUACGAUUUAGGUGGAGCUCGUCAGUAUGAUCAGGGUCUCAAUGAACGUUAUGAUCGAAUGGAUGAUCGCUAUGAUGAUAGGCCCCGUGACGGUGAGAGGUCGCCUGGAUAUAUUCAAGCCAGAGAUAGGCACUAUGAUCCCGGAUAUGAUAUGCCCGGUCCCUCUAGAGGUUACCCAGAUGAUGAUAAUAGAAUGUAUGGAGAUUCUUUGGCCGAUUCCCGUGGCGUCGAUGUGGGUUAUGAUGACCGACGACGUGAGCAUCGAGAACGAUCUUGGGAGGGCAGAUCUGGCUCAAUAGAUCGGGAUCAUGGUUACCUCCAUCAUAAAGAAUGGGAUAAUGAAGACUAUCGGGGCUCAGGAGAUUGGGGGAGAGAAAGACAUUGGCCUGAAUCCCAAAUGGGCGAGUGGGGUGACAAAGAGCAAGAAAUGGAAGGUUGGCGCCAUCGUGGCCAUUUGGGUGUUAAUCGUAACCGCAUGCAUGAUGAUUAUAAUCGUGGAGCUAGGAUGGAUCACGGACGCAAUGAUGGUAACAAGCGACGGGGGCCGCGAAAUGAACAAGAGCCAGUUAAAGAAAUAGCCGCUCAGGCAGUGACUACUGCUGUAACAGAGGAAGCGGAUAUCGAUGAAAAGCCCAUACCAGAUGACCUGAGUGAAAUAAGUGAUGAUCCUGAUGAUAUUCUCGAACGGGAAGAUAUGCUUGACCAGAAUUUCGAUGAUGAUAGCCAAGCUGAGAAACCCGAUCGUGAACCAAUAAAAAGCAAACCUGAAACUGCAGAUAAGGAGAACACUCAGGAUACUAGAAGCGGUUGUGAUGACAAGGAAUCUCAAGAUGGUAAGGAUGAUGAUGACGUUGCUAACUUGGACUUUGAAGAAAUAUCUGAUGGGGAACUCGAAGAAGAAAAAACCAGAACAGGUCUUGGUGAUGCUCUAGGAGUAGAUUGGGCAAGCCUAGUUGCAGAUGUCAACCGUCGUGAACAGAAACCUCCAACAGGUGGGGCUAGAGAUCGUUGGAGACCAGAACGGGUGCUAGCCCGUCUUGGAUUAUCAUUAAACAUGGCUGGAAAAGAAAAAGUGCAGCAAAUACUGGAAAAGAAUGCGCAAAUUGUAGAGAAAGAAUCACAAGGGGACAGCGGAGGGAAAUUGGUGACAAAUGGCAAGCAUGAUGAGGAUGAAGAGAAACCUAAACCUGUUCUGCCAAAUGUUGAUGAAUUACAUCCUGUGGCUGCUAUCCAGGUGGCUCUAGAGAAGCGAAAACAACAGCGCGGCGUUCUAUUUGGAACAGGAUGCGAAGUGACCCGCGGUUUGAGCGCCAGACGUGACCUGGUAUUAAGGCGAUACUUGUGUAACCUUCCGGCCACGGAACGCACUGGCCAGUCGAGGGUUACACCACAAAACUCACUUUUCAAAGCAGCGCAAGCCCUAUUGAUGCAAGCACCAGUGACUGGCUGACAAAGGAUUCAAUAUUCUUCACGUUUGAGAUGUCGAAGAAGCAUACAUUACUGAUAAUAAUAAACUGUUAUGUUAUUGUGAGUGCUGGCUUAUGAUAAUGAUUUUCAUAGUGGUCAAAGAAUAUGUACACGUACAGAAGUCUCACUCCGAAAAAUCAAUUAAAGAAAUAGAUACUCUUGUGAUCAUACAAUAAGGUGCAAUACAGAUUGCACAGCGCUAUUAACCUCUUCUUAUUCACCUAAAUGUUGCCUCUCUUUCUAUCGCAUGACACCUACCUCUUCUGACGACAUUAGGGUAGUCUUCUUUACCUAAAACUGUACCUAGCUGAGAUUUUACUAUAAUAUAGGUGUGUAAUAUCAAUAUUCUUUCGUUGUCAAACUUACAUUAGUUGCAGAUAGUUUAAUGUUUGUGUUGGAAGACCACAAUAUAGUCAAACAUACUUAGUAUAGGAAAUAAAUAGGAAGGUAUCAUGUACGGUAAUUUCAUUACAAUAAUAAUCACUUUAACUGAGAUUGUUUCAGUGUCUUUAGGAAGCUUAAAUUUUUUUGGAUCGCAUAAGAUUGAUCGGACUGGUACAUACUUGGUGACGAAAAAGCUCGCGCGUGAGUCACUGUGGCCUGCGCGUGUACUUACGAUUUCGAUAACUACACAGGGAGUGAGACAGGCCUGUAGUGGUUUAGAUUGAGUACUUGUAUACUUAACCAAAUUAAAGUAAAGAUGAUAAUAUGGUUAUGGUUGUAUUAAGCGCUAGCUUUAGACCUUAGAGAUAUUAUUAUUAUUAGUUAGGUAGUAUUGGCUUUCCACACCCUUUGGUUGAUGAGAAGCAGGGGUGCCAUAACUUUAUUCGGAGCAGCCUAGCUUCUGAAGACAAUAGAGUUAUAUUUUUUAUUGCAUUGUGGUGCCCAUUGCUACCUGGCUUUGAGAGUGAUCCCAAUUCUCGUUUUAUCAGUGUUGUUAAUAGUUUGCAUUCAGACAUUAUGGUUAAUAUUAAUUUAUAGUGUGUGUAAUUAUAUUAUUACUUAGUAAUUUUCGAUUAAUACAAGUAUCACAUAUAAAAAUAGAAUAAGUACUUUUUAGAUUAUAUGAAAUUUGUAAGGAUCAUAACAUUUGGAACAUUUUGACUUCUUGCAGUCCUCAGGAAGAACACAUAAAUUUGAAUGAGAUAAUAAAUGGCAUUGACAUUGUAAAAAUACUGCCAAUAAUGAUUUUAUUUUUUAUUUGUGAGAAAGUAUUUUUUUUUAUCUAAUGUGUUACUAUUGUCAAAGCAUGUAAUAAUAUAUAAUAUUGGGAAAUAAUUGAAUAUUGAGUCAAGGUAAUAAUAAUAUAUUUAAAAUGUACAUCAAUUUAAUAGUGUAGUAUAUAUCAUUGUCAUUUUAUUAAAAUUUUCAGUCAUAGUUUGUUCAAUAAAUAUUUUAUCAUCACUUUUAUAAUAAAAAUGAUAAAUCAGCACCAACAUCA